UGAAACUUUUGGUGAUUCUCCUGCAUUAGCCUUCUGAGUGUUGAAAUUACAGGCAUGAGCCACCACACCUGGCCUAAGAUUUCUGACUUUAAAAGAUGGUUUUUCACUGUGCAUUUUUCUAUAUUUACAGUGAUAAAAUAUUGCCCUCAAAGGCUUUAAGACUGAAUUCUGUAUUCUUUUCUUUGGGGCUAUAAGUUCACCUCUAGAUUCCCUCUUUAUGUCCAGAACAACAUGCCCCCAAUAGAAACACUGUGUAUCUAAAAUCAGAUGGGGCUUAUUUUUAGCUGUUGACUGAAGUAGAUCACACACAGAAAACCGGCGGCCACAACGUUGUCCGUGAUCACAGCGAGCACACCCACAGCAGCACCCACACCAUGACACAGAUUGCAUGUGCUCUGGCCUGGUGACCUCCUGAAGCUCAGGGCUGCCAGCUUCGCUCACUGCUGAACGCUGCAGCCUAUGGGAUGCAUUCUUUGUGUCUGCCUUCUGUUUCUUCCUUUUCAGAUUCAUUAGCCAAUACACAGGAUCCACACCUCCCCUAAUGCUUCUCUCAUCAAAACAUUAUCUUGUGUGUGUGUGUGUGGUAUCUCAUGUCGGUCUCAACAAAGCUGUUAAUAUUUAUUAAGUCUAGUUGAGAUUAAGUCUAGUUGAGACUUGGAGAAUGAACAGGCGUUUGCCAGAAUCAGGAAACAAUGUAGGUGGAAGAAACAGUCUGUGUAAAGACUCAAAGGGAGAGUGGAGCUCAGGGGUGUUGAGGACACGGACAGCAGUCAGGCUUUGGGAGUAGAUAGCCCAUGCUCUGUCUAAAUGUUUUCAGAACUGUCACACCCCAGCUGUUUCCUGUAUUUUCUACAAACAUAAGAAUACAUAAAUAACAUUGUUAUCACUGUUCAAGUGAAUUUCCUUUUACAUAUGGGGGCUUUUAUUACAUGUAUAAAUGUAUGUGUAUAUACGUAUGUUUGAAUGUGUGUGUGUGUGUGUGUGUGUGUGUGUGUGUGUGUGUGUGUGUGUGUGUGCGCGUGCGCGCACGUGCGUGGGGUUGGGGGUUGCACAAAGCUGUGUUUGCAUGUGUGUGCAGGCAAAUGUAGAGGCCCGAGGUUGACACUAGGAGCCUUUCUUGAACACCCCGCCCCCAAAUACUCACUGAGGCAGAGCUGAAUGCAGCCGUUCUGCUGGUCAGCUUAUUUCAGGGAUCCCCCUCUAUAUUCUGAGUGCUGGAUUACAGGUGGACUGCAUGGCUAUUCAGUGUUAUGAGGGUUCUGGAGAUCCGAACUGUGGUCCUCACACUUGUAUGGUGAGUGCUUAGCCACUAGCCAGCACCCCAGCUCAUGGGAAUUUUAUUUCUCCAGCUUUCCAAAUCUGAGACUUGUUGAGCCUGUGCACACACACACACACACACACACACACACACACACACACACACACAGAGUUAGUAAAUCUUGCAAGGCUGUGUUUCAAUGUCUGCCUGUGCCCAUUUUCCCCAUUGCAUCAGCAUUGCUUGGAGAUUGCUUUAAAGUCUACCAAUCUAACAUUAAAAAUGUUAUUUAUGUUGCUUUAUUUGAUUUUUUUCCCAUGAAAACAUUGCAUUUUUAUGUUUAUUGACCAUUUGGUUUCUCUUUUCCUUUUAUUUUCUUUCUCUUCCCUUCUGUGCUGACCAUUGAACCUUGCCCAAGCUUUCAACCACUGAGCCCUGACCUCAAGCCCUGACCUCUCCCUUUGUAUACUUUAUCUAACUUGGGUAGCAGGACACAGGAAAAAUGAGAAUGAAAAAGGAGAAAUGGGACCUUCGUGAUCAUGCAUAUAAUGUAAGACAAGGUGAUGCUUGGAUUAGGCCCUCAGCAAGUGGCUGUCAUUUUCACUGCUCUACUGUUGUUGAAAAGAUGCAGAAGAUGAUGGGGAGAUGGUCAUUGUCACCAUGCCUUAGUGACCUGCUGUCUGUUCAGCAGCUUUCUGGCUGUAAGGAGUUCUGAAAUAGUCAGCAUGUCUAGUUAUUGAUGGUGACAUGGGUCCUGGGGACUCCUCUGAGAAAGAGAGUCGCUCAGGUUCGAACACAUCCUGACAUUUGAGGCGGAGAACAAGAUUCAUUUCCUGCAGUCAUGUUGCCCCAGGCUCCAAGCCACCGCACAUGCUGAACGACCGCAGAGCUAUCUCCGCAGAGAUGCAUCCUGGGUUUCGGAACACAGAUGUUCACUCUGCGCCUAGCCUCAAGGAUUUCCUCCUAGUUCUAGUCCUUAAACAGCUGGCUCCAAAAGUCUUAGUAUUUAUGCUCUGAGAGCUUACUUAGCCAUUUGGGGUGGGGGGAAGGCAUGUAUAUUAAAAAACUACACAUAUAUUGAAGAAUUAAUACAUAUAAAUUCUGCAUACAGAAAACAUUUCUACUCAUAUUUUGUUUUUAUUAUAUUACUAUGACGAAGAAAUUAAUUUGAGUUCUGAAAUAGCAUUCUUUUCAGUGUAGGUAUGUGCGUGUGUGUAUGCAUAUGGAGGCCAGAGAUUAAUAUUGGGAAUCUUCCUCGACCAUGCUCCACUUCGUUAAGGCAUGAUGGCUCUCUGGCUGACCAGUGCUCACCUGUAGGACGAGUGUAGCGAGGUAGCUUGCUCAGGGAGUCCCUGUCUCUGUCCUCCAAGUGCUGGGAUUACAGGUAGGUCGCCAUGCCCACCUGGCUUUUAUAUGUGUCCUUGGGGAUCCAAACUUCAAGAAAUUCUUAAUCCAUGAAACCGUCUCCACAGUCCAUAACAUUCAUUCAUUUUUUUUUUUUUUGAGACAGGGUCUCACUAUGUAUCCCUGGCUGUCCCAGAACUCUGUAUAUAGACCAGGCUCUGGAUCAGGCUAGCCUUAAACUCACAGAGAUCCUCCUGCCUCUGCUUCCCAAGUGCUGAGAUUAAAGGUGUGCAUCACCCGGCCCAGCUAGUUUCUCAGACUUUGUAAUCAGAUCAGGCACUGCUAUUCUCAUUUUUCCUUUCACGUUGCUUUUCAUGGGAAAUUUUUUUAAAAAAUAAUUUUUAAUUUUAUUAUUUAUCAAGACAUCUGUAUGUGUCUUAUGAGUGUUUGCAAUGUAUAUGUGGAGGUGGAUGCCAGAAGAGGGAGUCGGAUCCCCACCCCUCCUGCUGGAUUACAGGCAGAAGUGAGACGCCUGACAUGGGUGCUGGGACUUGAACCCAGGUCCUUUGAAAGAGCAGCAGCUACUCUUAGCUACUGAGCCAUAUCUCCAGCCCCAGACUUUUAGAUUUUUAUCCCAGCGACUGCUAUAAAAUCGACUUCUCGAAGAUAAAAGAUCCAUUGCAAUUAAAAGGCAAGGGAGGGCAGCCAAGCUGUUGAACUGGAGCUGUCUUGAGCUGGUCUCAAAGUGGUUUCUGAGAGACACGGAGGAGCAUCACUGUGUUUUCUCUGGAAAUUUAAAAUGUUCACAGCCUUUCUAUGAACUUGCAAGAGCUCUCAGCUGUGCCCUGGCACUCAGUCUGGUGACUGCAAGGUAAUUUCCUAGGUCUGGAGUAGAUAGUCUGGGGUUUGAUCUGGUGUCAUGGUCAUGAUGUCAUCACAGAUCUGCCCACAUUCUUGCAUGAGCAGAACAGCUGUCCAUGCAAGAAAAGGCGAGGACAAUGUACUGUCAAAUGCUAACUGCCCUUGAACUCCAUCUGGGCAUGGUGGUGGGCUACAGAGACAUCUUAAAGUAUUAGCAUCCAAAUAAAAAUAAAACAGAGGCCUUGGUUAUAUCAACCAGGGGUUGGAAAGCUGUGAAGUCAUUAGGAAAAAUUUAUCAUCCUAGCCUAUUGGGAUCUCUGCGGUUUGAGAGACCACAUGUGCAUGGGGUCAUCCAGACACUUGGAAGUUCUCAGGGUGAAAACGUGCUGGUUAAAUCGAGACUUGCCAACUUGUUUUGGAGCUGUGGAAUCUAAGCUUGCCUUGGGCGGGGAAAGGGUACGUUCAGAGGACUAACAGCUAGCUGGCCUAGGCAGCAGUCAAGGAGGGUCGAGUUCGAGGUUUGGAGAAGCUGAAGUGGGUCAGAAGAAUUCAUGUACAGCAGCAGGGACAGGCAUGAGAGCAUGGGUCUGCUCAACUGUGUGGGCCCCUGCAGGGUGAGGUGAAUCAGGGCAUAGGACGGAAGGCCUGUGCGGCUGGCCAAGGGCUGGCUUUUGAAUGUGAAAUGCCUCCGAUGCUCUCCUGUGUUUGAACACUUGGUGCCUGGCUGGUGGGGCUGACUUGGAAGGCUGUGGAAACUUUUGAAGGUGAAGCAUCUUGGGACUUGAGCCUCUGGCCCCACUUCCGGCCUGCUCUCUGCUUCCUGAUUACAGAUGCAAUGUGACCAGCCACUAGCAACCCGCAGCAGUGCCUUCUCCACCAUGAGAGACAGUGCUCCUUUUUAAACUGUAACUAAGAUAGGCCCUUCCUGCCCUGAGCUGCUUCCUUGUUAGAGAUACUGUCAUUGGACUGACCGUGCAGGGAGCAGUCGUCCUGGCGCUCAUACAGUGCCUUUCUUUGUCUUCCUGUGCCCAUCUCAGGUUCUUCUGCAGUCAGCUGAAGCCAUCUAACCAAGUUCUAGCCCAUCAGGUGUACCUGGAAGAGAGACUUAUUUCCAGGCCCAGCCCAUAGCAACCUCUCACAGGACAUUCUCUUUCUGCAUUUGCUGGAGGACACCCCAGGGCUGCAACAUGGGAGGCUGAAAGAUGGAAAUAUCCUGGUAUCCCAGUGACUACUUAGUGGAAAACUGGGUGGACAGUUCUGUGAGCCAAGAACCCAUUAUUAUUGUGUUAAGGCAUAGAAGUGUUGAGGGGCAUGUUUGUAACGGCAUUUAACAUACUCUCAUAGAAGCCAUAAUGGCUACUAUUUAUUGGGGCCUAUCUCAGUGAAUUCAUACAAAAGCCUAUGGGAGUGGGCCCUUUCCAUAUGCUAGAAGAGGAAACUGGAGCCAUGCUGGCAGCAGGUGAAGAACAGAAUAUUCUGUUCCCCAAAUGCAGACUCAAGUACCAAACUGUGCUGUACUGGCUCCCAGUGGGAAAGGAAUGGAUGAAAACUAGGUAGGCACGGGGACUGGAUGAAGAGUUACUGGGUGCUAGUAGCUGGGAGGCUGGGAGAUGGGGAAACAGGAUAUUGUCCAUGCUGACUGAGGGAGUAUCUGAAGGGCUCAGUGCAGACAGGCCUAAUUGUAGGUGUAUAGUAAAUACUGGCUCUAUUUAUCUGUCUAUCUAUCUAUCUAUCUAUCUAUCUAUCUAUCUAUCUAUCUAUCAUCUAUCUAGCUACCCAUCCAUCUAUAUGUACGUGUGUGUGUGUGUGUGUGUGUGUGUGUGUGUGUGUGUGUGUGUGUGUGAGUCACAGCUUACAUGUGGACAGCCUUGUGUGUUAUUCCUCAUCUUCCACUUUGCUCUUUUGAGACAGGGUCUUUGUUUAUUGGAUGCUGCAUGCACUAGGCUAACCAGCUCACUAGUGUCUGGGCAUUCUCUUGCCUUUGUCUCUCUGUGCUGUAGGAACUCUGAAAUUAUAGACUUGCUGGACCACCUCAGGCUUUAUGUGAGUUCUGGGGAUUCAGACUCAAGUUUCAUGCUGACACGACAAGGAUUUUACUCACCGAGCCAUCUCCACAUUCCUAGUUUGAGUUUUGUUUUUUUUUUGUUUUUUGUUUUGUUUUUUCGAGACAGGGUUUCUCUGUGUAGCUUUGCGCCUUUCCUGGAUCUCGCUCUGUAGACCAGGCUGGCCUCGAACUCACAGAGAUCUGCCUGGCUCUGCCUCCCGAGUGCUGGGAUUAAAGGCGUGCGCCACCACCGCCCGGCUAGUUUGAGUUUUUAAAACAAGCAGUGGUGCUGAUCUGGGAGGAAACAGGAGAGAGUUGUUCUGGAAGCUCCAUUGGGAGGAUGUGUGGUGACUAUCUUAUCUUGCUGCUCACAGGGACACAGAAGGAAGGCUAAAGAAGUAUCUUGUGCAGUGUGAUUUUGAGGUAGGAAGAGGCAGGAAACAGGAUGGAAGAUAAUCAGCAUGAAAGCAAAGUCCAAACAUUUGGCCAUGCAAAGAUGCUCAGUGGAGGCCUAUGUCAGGGCUCUAGCUUUCAAGGCAGUCAACACACUGCCUAGCCUUUGUCUGGGUGUAUCCACAUCUGUCCUGGAGUGGAUACUUGUAAUCUGCACCACUGUGUUCAAAUUCUUUAGUUUCUUUGUGUCUCCUUUAAUCAUCAGAAAAUAAGGACAAUGAGUAACAGGACUUAUCUCAGGGCUGUUGUGAAAAGAUUCAGUGUACUUGUGGGACUGGACUAGUGUGCUAUCAGCAAGUGGUAGAAGUGAUCAUUAAACUCCUUAGUCUUUAAUAUUAGUCUUCUAUCUCUAUAUGCACAGAAACUCAGAUCAGAGCUCUCAGCCCAGCAGAAUCUCGAAACUCAGUGAUUAGAAUAGUGAUGGACUUACAGUAGCCAUUUAAAUAUUUGUGAGACAAUCAAGAAAGCACAUUGUACCUUCUUCUUUCCCUCCCUCCCUCUUCCCUUCCCUCCCUCCCUUCUUCCCUUUCUCCCUCAGUCUCUUCUGUCCUUAGUCCAUCUGCCGAUUUAUUGUUCUUGAAAGUUGAGAGUGUAUAGCUGAGCUUAUCCUUUCCUUCCAAUAGUGUGUGUGACAUGAAAUGAACCAUUCAACUAUCCGAAGUGUGCAGUUUAGUGGCAUUGAGUGCCCUCAACUGUUUCAUACAUCUCUGCCAUUCAUAUCUAGAAUAUUUUUAACCCCCCAACAAAAACCCAGGUACCGUUGAACACUAACCCACUCUACUCCAGGUCUAGAAACCACGUGCUCUUUUAAAAACCAUUUAUGUAUUUAUUUAUAGAUAGAUAGUGUUUGUCCAGAGGUCAGAGGACAACUUGCACGAGUUGGUUUUCUCUCUCUACUUCGUAGGUCCUGGAGAUCAAACUCAGUUAUCAAGCUUGGAGGAAAACUGCUUUUACUCACUAGGCCAUCAUGCUGUCCCCCCGACUUUUUUUUUUUUUUUUUUAAGACAAGGUCUCAUAUAGCCAGGCUGGCCUCAGACUUUCUCUGUAGCCAAGGAUGACCUUGCACUCUCCUGUGCCCACCUCCCACGUGCUGGGAUUACAGGUGUGUGUUGCCAUGUCUGGUUCUGUGUGGUGCUAAGGAGAGGGUCCAGCCCAGGACUUCAUGUGUGCUAAACAAGUACUCAGCCAGCUGAGCCCCAUCCUGGCCCAUUCUUCUUUCUGUAUUUAUACAUUUGACUGUCUGGGUACCUUAUGUGAGUGGAAUUACAUUGUCCUUUUGUGACAUCUCAUUGUUUUUAUAAUCCUAGGCUAUGUCAUCCUGAACACGCACUUUCUCUUCUGUGGCUCUAAGGUACCACCUACGUCAUGGAAUAUUCACCAGGUGAAUGUGAGACGACAGAUAGAAGGUUGUUAUCCAGUUCCUGGCUCAUGGAGGCUUUAUUGCUUUCUGGACACCUUUGGUGAACGUCCCCAGUCCUUUAAAAGAGCAGUCUGUAGCGGACCGGUCUCUGUCCUGGAGAUAAGUGGGCACAUUCCAGAGCAGCUGCUGUAGCUCCUGGUAGCUCUUGCUUGGACCUUCUUGCACUGAUGUCUGGGGAGGCACCGAUGUGUGAGGUGGACCUCGGUGGGGGCAAGGUGAAGGAGAACAGCAUGGCUGGCAGAUGCCGACAGUCCUGUUACGAGCGAUACAUACAGCCGUGUGUGGUGGAACUUUUGGGCUCUGCCCUCUUCAUCUUCAUCGGGUGUCUAUCGGUCAUUGAGAAUAAUCCAGACACUGGGCUCCUGCAGCCUGCCUUGGCUCAUGGGCUGGCCUUGGGGCUCAUCAUCGCUAUCUUGGGAAACAUCAGCGGGGGACACUUCAACCCUGCUGUGUCGCUGGCAGUCACACUGAUCGGAGGCCUCAACGCCAUGCUGCUUCUUCCCUAUUGGAUCUCCCAGCUGGUCGGAGGACUGAUUGGGGCUGCCUUGGCUAAGGCGAUGAGUCCGGAGGAGAGGUUCUGGAAUGCAUCUGGGGCAGCCUUUGCAACAGUCCAGGAGCAGGGGCAGGUGUCGGUAGCCCUGGGGGCAGAGAUCAUUCUGACGAUGCUGUUGGCAUUGGCCGUGUGUAUGGGCGCGGUCAAUGAGAAGACGAAGGGUCCUCUGGCGCCGUUCUGCAUCGGCUUCUCGGUCGUUGUGGAUAUAUUGGCAGGGGGUGGGAUCUCUGGAGCCUGCAUGAACCCUGCUCGUGCCUUUGGACCUGCGGUGAUGGCCGGCUACUGGGACUUCCACUGGAUCUACUGGGUGGGCCCCCUCCUGGCUGGCCUCCUUGUAGGACUGCUCAUUAGGCUCCUCAUUGGAGAUGAGAAAACCCGCCUAAUUCUAAAGGCAAGGUGAAGAACCGCUGGCGGCGUCCCCACUGCCUGGUGGCCUCAGCUGCCUGUCGUGAGCCGAGGACAGGACAGUUCGACCAUUUCCUGAAGGGCUGAGCUCAGAAGAGCUACUGUGGCAGCAGCUGACCUUGGCCUGGCUUCUCAGGCAGACAGGAUGCUGCUAUGUCCUGAGCAUGCUCCCAGAACCCGUUCAUGGACUGUGCCUGGGGAAUGCGUGGCCAGCAAUGCCUAAAGACGGGUGGAGACCACACAGACAAAGAGCUUUUCUCGAGUGGGCAGGUCACAGGGGAGAUGAGCAUGUGGAGACUAUGGUUGCUAAAGCACAUUGUUCAUUUCCCCAGCCCCCUUCCUUCCCUCCUUCCUUCCUUCCUUCCUUCCUUCCUUCCUUCCUUCCUUCCUUCCUCCCUCC